GCAGUAUCGACUGACCUCCUGGCAUCGUCGGUGUCGAUACCAGACGCAUCUGGCACCCGGCUCUCAUCAGAUUCAAUAAAGCACGAGCAAGAUGUCUGAGCGCCCAGGUUAUAACUAUCCUGGUACGCCAGAUGGCACAGAUGUCAACCCUCAGCACUUCUUCCCUCCCCAAGCUGAGAACCAGGCGCCUUCGCACAAAGAAGAUCUUGAGAAGGUCGACAGCAAAGCCGGCUCUGAUGGCUACGAGCUCGCCGUUCUCGACGAUGCCACACCUCACGAACGUAGACGUAAUCACAAGGUUUACAUCGAAGAGGGCGAGCAUCUCGAGCGUCAGCUCAAGCAGCGACAUGUUCAGAUGAUCUCAAUCGGCGGUGUCAUCGGCACUGGUCUCUUCCUCGGAACAGCCAACGCCCUUCGACAUGGCGGUCCGCUCGGUCUCUUUUUGGGCUACACCAUCAUGGGCUCUAUCACGCUCUCUGUCAUGCUGUGUCUAGGCGAGAUGAUCUCGACCUUCCCGUUGCCCGGUGGCCAUAUCUCGCUCGCCAAGCGAUUCGGUGAUCCGGCACUGGCGUUUACGAUGGGAUGGAACUACUGGUACAAUUGGACCAUCGUCCUGCCUGCUGAGCUGUCCGCAGCCGCAGUCCUCGUCUCGUAUUGGAUCUCGGCCGAUAGCGUCAACCCAGGCGUCUGGAUCGCAGUAUGCCUCAUCGUUGUUGUCGGCAUCAACUUGGGCGGUGCCAAGUUCUACGGCGAGGCAGAGUUCUGGUUCGCAAUCAUCAAGGUUAUCACGAUCGUCGGUCUCAUCAUUCUCGGUAUCAUUAUCGAUGCCGGAGGUGUGCCUGGCCAGAAGGCUAUCGGAUUCCAGUACUGGCGCAAUCCAGGCGCUUUUGUGCAAUACGAGGAGAUCGGCGGCGCUCUCGGUCGCUUUGUCGGCUUCUGGACUGUGCUCAUUCAAGCCGCAUUCUCCUACAUUGGCACAGAGAUUGUCGCUCUUGCUGCUGGCGAGGCUAAAAACCCCCGUCGCUCGAUCCCCAAGGCAAUCAAGCGUGUCUACGUCCGCAUCUUACUCUUCUACCUUGUCGGUACUUUCGUAAUCGGCUUGAUCGUUCCAUCGAACGAGCCCGACUUGCAGCUCGGUUCCACUGCGGCAAAGUCGCCUUUCGUCAUUGCCAUCAAACACGCCGGUAUUAAAGGCUUGCCCUCCGUCAUCAAUGCUGCACUGCUCACGUCAGCAUGGAGUGCGGCUAGCUCCGACAUGUACACGAGCAGCAGAGCGUUGUACGCACUCGCUAUCGCCGGCAACGCGCCCCGUAUCUUUGCUCGAACCAACGGCUGGGGCUUGCCAUGGCCUGCCAUGAUCGUCUCCGUCGCAUUCUCGCUGCUCGCGUUCAUGUCAGCUGGUGCAACAUCUGCCGGCACAGUGUUCGGCUACUUUGCCAACAUGACCUCAGUCGCAGGCCUGCUGACCUGGCUCGGCAUCUUCCUCACAUUCAUCCAAUGGGAGAAGGGCACACGUGCGACCGGCCUUGACCGCAAGAGCCUCGCCUUCACCGCACCUCUCAUGCCUUAUCUCGCAUACUAUGGCGCAUUCAUGACCUCACUAAUUCUGAUCACGAACGGCUUCACUGUCUUUAUCAAAAUCGAUGGCGACUUUGAUGAUGCCACUUUCAUCACGAGCUAUCUGCCCCUGGUCAUGUUUGUCAUCCUCUACACUGGCUACAAGCUAUGGUUCAAGACAAAGUGGAUUCUACCGGCCGACAUGGACUUUAUCUCCAACUCGCGCGACUGUCCUCUCGAAGAUGAGGUUCCCCCUCGCAACAUCGUCGAGAAGGUCUGGAAUUGGAUCGCUUGAGCACCGCAACUUAUACAUGACCCGCACGCGCACUCCUUUUUUUCGUGAU